AUAUACGGUAUCUUUUUCACAUGAAAUAAUAUAUAUCGGUAUAUUUUUAGCGGUCAGCCGGUAUAUUUGUCUUUCAAUCCACGGUCACACUGGUGCGCAGGCAUCGAAAUCGUUUUUUGCUGUAAAAAUAGUGCAGUGCAGACAAACCGGCUCGAGUAGAAACUAAACAACAUGUCACGUUUCUUUGCCAACGGUUCCGACUCGGAAUCCGAGUCCAGCGAGGAGGAGGUCCAAGCGCCAAACUUCAACAAAGCCUCCGCCUUUCAAUUCAGCGACGAUGAGGAGGAAGUCAAGCGCGUGGUUCGCUCCACCAAGGAGAAGCGUUACGAGAACUUAACCAGUAUCAUCAAGACCAUCCGCAACCACAAGAAGAUCAAGGAUAUACCCAAUACCUUGAGCAGCUUUGAGGAUCUGACGCGAGCCUACACAAAGGCCCUGCCCGUCAUCUCAAAGGAGGAAAAUGGCAUUACGCCGCGAUUCUACAUUCGCUGCUUGGCGGAACUGGAGGAUUUCAUCAACGAGAUCUGGGAGGACCGCGAGGGCCGUAGAAAUCUGUCCAAGAACAACACCAAGUCGUUGGGCACAUUGCGCCAAAAGGUGCGCAAGUACAUCAAGGACUUUGAGGAGGAUUUGUCGCGCUUCCGCGAAGCACCCGACCAGGAGAGUGAAGCUGAAGACGAAGAGGCCCAUGUGAGCGACGCGGGGGAUGCAGCUGAUGACAGCGAUGUGGGAUUCAAGAAGGAGCUGUCGGUGACCGUUCCCAAGCUCGCCAAAUCUGCCCCAGCCAAGGUGGUACCCGCCGACGAUGACGACUCGGACGAUUCCAUUGAUUGGGACUCGGAUACAGAGAGUGAAACCGAGUCUUCCGAGGACGAAAACCAGUACCAGAAUAUGCGGGAGCGUUUCCUGAAAAGAUCCACUGAGAAGGGAGAAGAGAAGAUAGGCGAUGAAGAGAAGCGUAAGGAUAAGCGCAAGGAGCAGAAGCUGAAGAUCCGCAAGCGUGCCGAAGACGACGAAGAUGGCGAAUGGGAGACGGUGGUCAAGGGCCAUGUCGUGGAGAAGCCCAAGAUGUUCGAAAAGGACGCCGAGAUCGAUAUUCCCUUGGUGCUGGCUAAGCUCGUGGAGAUUAUGUCGGCUCGUGGCAAGAAGCGCACCGAUCGUCGUCUCCAAAUCGAUCUACUCUUCGAGUUGAGGGACAUCUCCGAUCAGCACAAUCUGGGCGUUCCCGUCUCGGUGAAGAUCCACUUCAACAUUAUCUCUGCCAUUUUCGAUUACAAUCAAAAGAUUUCGGAGCCCAUGAAGAUGGAGCACUGGGCCCUGCUGCUGGAGGUGAUGCAGAGCAUGAUGAAGCUGCUUCUGGCCAAUCCCGACAUCAGCAUAAGCGAGAGCGUUGCUGAGGAGCACGAGGAAUACACCGCGGCUCCGUUCUACAUCCGCGGUUGCCCACUAGCCGCCGUCGAGCGUCUGGAUGACGAGUUCACCAAGCUGCUGAAGGAGUGCGAUCCACAUUCGAACGACUAUGUGUCCCGCUUGAAGGACGAGAUGAACGUGGUGAAGACGAUUGAGUUGGUCCUUCAGUACUUCGAGCAGUGCGGCAACCCCAACGAACGCUGCAGGAUUUACUUGAGAAAGAUCGAGCACUUGUACUACAAAUUCGAUCCGGAGGUGCUGAAGAAGAAGCGUGGCGAGGUGCCGGCCACCACAGCCACCUCGGUCGACGUGAUGGAUAAACUGUGCAAGUUCAUUUAUGCCAAGGACGAUACCGAUCGUAUCAGAACUCGAGCUAUCCUGGCGCACAUCUAUCACCAUGCCAUGCACGACAAUUGGUUCCAGGCACGCGAUCUGGUGCUCAUGUCUCACCUGCAGGACAACAUCGAUGCCGCUGAUCCCGCCACGCGCAUCCUGUACAACCGCAUGAUGGCCAACUUGGGUCUAUGCGCCUUCCGUCAGGAGAACGUGAAGGAUGCCCAUCACUGCCUGGUGGAUUUGAUGGUCACCGGCAAGCCCAAGGAGCUGCUGGCUCAGGGCUUGCUGCCACAGCGUCAGCACGAGCGCUCCGCUGAGCAGGAGAAGAUUGAGAAACAGCGCCAGAUGCCAUUCCACAUGCACAUCAAUCUGGAGCUGCUCGAGUGUGUGUAUCUGGUGUCCGCCAUGCUGCUGGAGAUUCCCUACAUUGCAGCGCACGAGUUCGAUGCCCGCCGCCGCAUGAUCAGCAAGACGUUCUACCAGCAGUUGCGCUCCUCGGAGCGUCAGUCCCUGGUGGGUCCCCCUGAAUCCAUGAGGGAGCACGUGGUGGCCGCCGCCAAGGCGAUGCGCUGUGGCAACUGGCAGGCCUGCGCCAACUUCAUUGUCAACAAGAAAAUGAACACCAAGGUGUGGGAUCUGUUCUACGAGUCGGACCGCGUGCGUGAGAUGCUUGUCAAGUUCAUCAAGGAGGAGUCGCUGCGGACAUACCUGUUCACCUACUCCAACGUCUACACUUCCAUAAGCAUACCAUCCCUGGCCCAGAUGUACGAGCUGCCCGUCCCGAAGGUCCACUCGAUCAUAAGCAAGAUGAUCAUCAACGAGGAGCUGAUGGCCAGCCUCGACGAUCCCUCGGAAACUGUGGUCAUGCACCGCUCGGAGCCCUCCCGCCUGCAGGCCCUGGCCAUGCAGUUUGUCGACAAGGUGACCAACCUGGUGGACGUCAACGAGAAGGUCUUCGAUAUGAAGCAGGGCAACUUCUUCCAGCGCGGCAACAUGGGUAAUCGCGGGGACCGCGGCUACAACCGCAACCAGAACAACCAGGGCGGCAACUGGGGCGGCCAGCGACGGGACAAUCGCAAUCAGCGCAACCGCAACCAGCGUGGACAUCACAAGAACCAACAACAGCAGCAGCAACAGCAAGUCCAAACCAUCGACGAGGAGUAGACGCCAAGACCGCUAUCCUCAUCCUCUGUGGGCGAACAGAACAAAUUUGUAACACUUCAAAACUAUUAAAAUGGAAUGGUCAUGGACAACUCUUGAUGUUAGCUGCAGCCAGGCCUCCGAUUCAGUUCUCCAACUGAGUCGGAGGUCUGCUCCUAUCCGCCAUCAUUGCCUCUGUUGUUGCCAAGUCCCAAAAGAAUUUGUUUUAGCGCUCAUUAGUUAAAGAAACAUAAUUGAUAAUAGCAUUUUGUAUCAGCCUGUAACGGAUAACUUAAAAACCAUAAAAAGAAAGAACAAAACGA